ACAGGAGGUAGCAAAGGUUAUGCUUUUGUGGAAUUUGAAUAUGAUGAAAUUGCAAAGAUAGCUGCAGAUACCAUGAACAAUUACCUUAUCCGUGAAAAACUCUUGAAAUGUGAGCUUAUGCCAGCAGAAAGAGUACAUGAAAACCUCUUUAAAGGUUCUGAGCAAAAGUUCAAAAAGCCAUCCUAUCCAGCAGUAAAACACUACAACCGGAAUCGAACAGCACAGGAGAAAGAAAAGAUGGCUGAGAGGCUGUUGAAAAAGGAGGACAAGUUGCGAAAAAGUCUGGCUGAGAAAGGAAUAGAUUAUGAUUUCCCCGGAUUUACUGCUCAGAUGCCUCUGAUAAAGAAAAAGAUGGUUUCAAAAUCAGUUUCUAAUGAGGAGGCAGCAGUGGAAGAUAAAGAUCUCACACCAGUGUGUACACCAUCAUUUUUUGAGCGCCGAAAAUCUCAGCCAGAAGACAGCGAAGAUACAGAAAUAACUUUCAAAUUACCACCUGCAAGUAUAAAGUCUACCCUGCAAAAAAGCAAAAUGACAAAAUUACAGAAAAAAGCAGCUGUAAAUAAAAAAUGUAAACCUUAA